CCGGCCGCCGCCGCCAUGGAGUCGAACCGGGACGAGGCGGAGCGGUGCAUUGGCAUUGCGCUGGCCGCUAUCAAAGCCAACCAGCCCGACAAGGCCCGCCGCUUCCUGGAGAAGGCGCAGCGCUUGUACCCCUCGCAGCGGGUCCGCGUUCUGCUUGAGUCACUCAACAAGAACGAGCAGUCAGCCAAUGGGCAGUCCCAGCCCAGGGAAUCCACCAACCCUCAGUUCAGGAAAAUGAGUGGAGAUUUCCCAUCAGCCAACGGAGAGGCUGGGGGGGAGGCCCCCAAGGGCUACACUCAGGACCAGCUGGAUGCAGUGAAGAGGGUAAAGCAGUGCAAAGAUUACUAUGAAAUUCUGGGAGUCAGCAGAGAAGCUUCUGAUGAGGAUCUGAAAAAGGCCUACAGGAAGCUGGCCCUGAAGUUCCACCCAGACAAGAACCACGCACCAGGGGCCACAGAGGCAUUCAAAGCCAUCGGGAACGCGUACGCCGUGCUGAGCAGCCCCGAGAAGAGGAAGCAGUACGACCAGUUCGGGGACGAGAAGCUCAGCGCCGCCCGCCACGGCCACGGCCACGCCGACUUCCACCGCGGCUUCGAGGCCGACAUCUCCCCCGAGGACCUCUUCAACAUGUUCUUUGGGGGUGGCUUCCCUUCCAGCAAUGUGCACGUGUACAGCAAUGGCAGGAUGAGGUACACCUACCACCAGAGGCAGGACAGGAGGGAGCACCAGGGGGAUGGCGGCCUGGGGCUGUUUGUCCAGCUGAUGCCCAUCCUCAUCCUCAUCAUCGUGUCAGCUCUCAGCCAGAUGAUGGUCUCCAGCCCACCCUACAGUUUGAGCCACAGGCUGUCUGUGGGUCACACACACAGGAGGGUCACAGAGCACUUGAAAGUCCCCUACUACGUGUCCGAGAGCUUUGCUGAGGAGUACACGGGCACGAACCUGAAGAACGUGGAGCGGAGCGUGGAGGACGACUACAUAGCAAACCUUAGGAACAACUGCUGGAGGGAGAAGCAGCAGAAGGAAGGCUUGUUGUACCGGGCACGCUACUUCGGGGACUCGGACCUGUACCAGCGGGCACAGAAGAUGGGCACCCCCAGCUGUAGCAGACUGUCAGACGUCCAGGCCUCCCUGCACGGAUAGUGCCAGCCCAAGAGCCUGGAAAAGCUGCUGCCUGUGCUGUGGGGUGGGAAGCGAGGGGGAGUCCCAGCCUGGCCUCAGACUGACACCGCUGCCGCUUUUGUUCCCAGAGCGUCCAAACGCCCGAAGACUUUGGGGAAGUGCACUGAGCCGAGGUGACAGACUUUGCUCUUUAAAAAGAAUCAAACCUUAUCUUAAACAUGGAAUUGGAGAAUUAGCAACGCACAACUGCCCCUCUUUCUUCUCUCUGCCUCUCUCUGAUGAUGGCAGGCAGCGCUUGGGACAGGAAAUCCAGCUCUCUGUCUUCCUCCUCCCCUCCCAACGCUGCUGGCGUGCUCCCAGGAUCCCACAAGGAUCCCACAGCCCCUGGAACAGACACACCGAGUGUGAAAUAACCCAAACUAACUGCAGAAGCCUGAAGCAGGAGACCCUUCGCUGCUGCCAAUGGAGAGAGAAGUGGGAUUUGACACUAAAGAAAAGAAAAGAAAGAAGACACUAAAAGAAGACACUAAAGAAAAGAAAAUAUAAUCUAUUUAGCAUUAAUUUAUAGCUGUAUAUAUGUUGUACUUUUAAACUAUGCAGGGGUUGGAUGAUUAAAUUAUUUUGGUUUUUGCCCAUUUUGGGGAGCAGAGCAGCAGGAAGCCUCUUCCAGCGUGUCUCUGUCCACAGCACUUUCCUGCCUGGAAAACAGGAAUCCCUUUGCAGCUGCUGUCCUUUGCUCCUGGGAGGACAUUCUGUGGAUGGGGACAUGCAUACACCUGCUCUUGGGGUUCUGAUCACAGCAAACCCAAAGGUGCAGGGCUCCCAGAGAAGGGGGAGCCCGUGCAGAGCCGUGGAUCUGCAGCGUCGGCGGAGCCGGGGUCAGCUGAGCCGCUCACCAGGGAAGGAUUGUCCUGGAUGGAUUUUGCUCGUCAGUCUUUGGGUGAUUUGUGCAUGUAACUCCUUUUUCUGCCGAGUCUGCUGGAAUUGUGCCUGGUAAUCAGCGUGCUCCGUGCAGAGAGGGCUUUCCAACAGCCCUUUGUUGGGAGGUUUUGUGCUCGUCCCUCCAGGCGGGUGCAGCCUGGCCCUGCCCUCACACCCACCUCGUGUUUCCUGCAGGACACCUGAAAAGGCCACAGAUCCAUAAGGAACAAAGCAUUCUGCUGGGGGAGAUCAGGGUGUCUGAUCUGCCCUGUGCCUGCCCCACCACGGGCAGGAGCAGCGUGAGCUGCCCCAGGUGCGGAGCCAUCUCUUGGAAGCGAAGCCAGCACGAGCAGAGCCACCUCCCAUGGAAUAAACUGGAUUAUUUAAAUUUUUGGGUUUUUUUUUUUUUUUUUUUGCUGCUCUGCAGCUCAUUUGUGUCUAAAGACAUUUCCAGUGCAAACCAUCCCCUGGCACAGUCAGGGGAGUGAGCUGGGAGCACGGCAGCUCCCGGGUGGGCUGGCAGAGGAGGUUUUAUCCCGUUGUCCUUAGGAAUCCAUGCGCUCUCUCUUGGCUGUUUGUUUAUUUUGUGAAAUCUCAGCCUCCCGUUGGCUGCAGGCCCUGUUAUCCCACAGCCACCAUGGCUUGGACCUGAUUUUAAAGGGUUUUAUUAUUUCUUUUUUUUUUAAUGGUUCCUCCACCUUCAGAAGAAAUUGGGUGGAAGUUCAGGAUUGGAAAUGGCGCUCGAUAGAGGCACAGGGAUGAUGGGGACGGGGUUAAACCAAAAUCCUGCUCACAGAAGGAGCUGGAUGUGUUGCCCAGUGCCAUUCCCUGCCUGGAGCCUGCCUGCCAAAACCUUCAGGUUCUUUUUCCUGGUAGAUACCCACGGAUCACAAGGAGGGAGAAGGCAUCGCUCCCAGUGGAUGCUCACAGAGGCUGUAUCUCUUGAUUUAGUUAAUUAUACAAUUGUACAUCUAUAAAUAAAUGUUUAUAAUGUGAAAGGC